AUGAGCGAGAGCGUUAAGGUUAUCUGUCGUGUAAGACCACUUAAUGAACAAGAGAAAGCAAAUAAAAGCGAGGUUGUGGUGUCAUUCCCCGGUGAUGGAAACACAACUGUAUCUAUUGGGGGUAAAAUCUUCAGCUUCGAUCAUGUAGUUCAGCCGAAGGCAUCUCAGUUAGAGGUGUAUGAAGUUGUGGCCAAGCCCAUUGUUGUAGAUGUAUUGAACGGGUAUAAUGGGACAAUAUUCGCCUAUGGUCAAACUUCAAGUGGAAAGACUUUUACCAUGGAGGGUACUUUAGGUGACCCAGACUUUGAAGGUGUUAUCCCGCGGAUAGUUCGAGAUAUAUUCAAUCAUAUAAACCAAAUGGACGAAAACCUGGAGUUCCAUACUAAAGUUUCUUACUUUGAAAUAUACAUGGACAAAAUCCGUGAUCUCCUUGAUGUGUCGAAAACAAACCUGCAGGUCCAUGAAGAUAAAGAUCGAGUUCCUUACGUGAAAGGUGUCACGGAAAAGUUGGUUUCCACUCCAGAAGAGGUUUUUAAAGCCAUUGGCGAGGGGAAGGCUAACCGUCAUGUGGCCGUGACGAACAUGAAUGAGCACAGUUCUCGAAGUCACUCAGUACUCCUGAUCAAUGUUCGACAGAAGAACUUGGAAACUCAAAAGAAACUACGUGGGAAACUUUAUCUUGUUGAUUUGGCUGGUAGUGAGAAAGUUGCGAAGACAGGCGCUGAGGGCACUGUAUUGGAUGAAGCCAAAAAUACUAAUAAAUCACUUUCUGCUCUUGGUAAAGUGAUCAAUGCACUUGUAAAAGGAAAUCCUCAUGUUCCUUAUCGUGACUCUAAAUUAACCCGCAUUCUUCAAGAAUCUCUUGGAGGUAAUGCAAAGACCACUAUGGUGAUCUGUUGCUCUCCUGCUGGUUGCAAUGAUACCGAAACGAAGUCCACCCUAAUGUUCGGCAUGCGAGCUAAGACCAUCAAGAAUCUGGUAUCAGUGAAUGUAGAAAUUACGGCUGAUGAAUGGCGUCGGAGGUACGAGCAGGAGAAAGAGGAAUAUGCCAAAUCACGCGCUAUUGUAAGUCAUCAGAAGAGUGAAACAGAACGUUGGCGAGCAGCCUGCAUUCUGGGUUUGGCUUGGGCAAGAAAUGUUGGAGAUGAACAGUUGCAGUUGCUUUAUCAACAACUUGACGACAGGGAUGAUGAAAUAACUAAACAGGUUGAGACAAUAUGGCGUCUUCAACAGCAAAAUGAAGAGCAAGACAUGAUGAACGAUUCUCUGGGGAAAGAACACAAAGAAGACUUGAAAGAAAUCACAACUCUUCAGUCAAGCAAAGAUACAGUGAAGGAAGUCCUGCAAGCCUUAGGAGUAUUAGCAAUAAAUUAUGACCAGAAGGCUGAAGGAAUUGAUGCAAAAACGAAAGAACUUGAAGAGGCUCGAGCAAUUUUGCUACAACAAACUCGUUUGAUGCAUAGUAAAGACGGUGAAUUGUCACAGUUGGAGGAUACACAUCAAAAUCAGAAGAAAUAUACUGAAAUGAUGGCUAGCUUGUUGAAGGAUCUAAUUGAUGUUGGUGAAUGCUUGAAUGCUCAAAUCACGAAACCAUCUGUUGGUUCUGAACGAUUCGAUGAAGAGUUUACUGUUGUUCGUUUGUAUAUAAGUAGGAUGAAAAGUGAGGCAAAAUCACUGCAUUCACGUGUACGUCAAUUGGAAGAGGAACGUGUACAACAUGAACAGUUAGUGCGUAAGAGCGAAGAUGAAUCUAAAGAUCUUCAAACACGACUUCAUGCUUUUGAAGUGAAAGUUGGCACACUAAGCGAUAAAAUUGACGAGUCAGAAUCAUGUAAGCGUCAAUUGCAGGAGACAGUGGAUAGUUUAAAUGCGGAGUUGGCAAAACUACGCGCUAAUGAACAAUUUAUCGCCGGGUCUGGUCAACAAAAUGAACAAAUAUUAGCUGAUCGGUCAGCCUUACGAACAAAAUUAGGUAAAAAUUUGAAACGAAAAUCAGAGGAUUUUGAUGCUCAGAUGAAAUUUUUACGUGAUGAAUUAGACGCGAAAAAGAGGAAGUUGGAAGAAUAUAAGGAUGAAAUCAAUAAUUUCAAAAUCCAAUCCGAGAAAUCACAAGAAGAGGUGAAACAGUUACGUGAAGAAUUGGAAACAAAGACUAAACGGCUAGACACAUUCGAGAGGACAGCUGAGAAAUGUGAACAGGCUAAACAAGAUCUACACGGUCUAGAAGAGAGAGUUACCGAAGAACUAGAAACACCUAAUUUACGACGGUCAUUCAUCCAAUAUCCUAAUAGUCAAGCUAGAAAGUCUGCAAAUCGUUUGAAUGCACCGACAGCGGCUGAAAAAGCUGCAGGUAACCAGCAAGACGGCAAUAUGGCCAGUCAACAACAACAACAAAUCUUCGAAAGUAUAUUGUUAGAUGAUGAGGACGAUGAACCAGGUCAUGCUGGUUCACUGGCUCAAGGAGAGACUACCUCCUUCCCUGAAGAAGAACUAGACAAGUUGAGAAAAAACAAUGCUAUGCUACGUUUCGAACUUUUAAAAACGAAAGAACGUCUUAAGUAUACUCAGGUGCGUGAACAGUGCCUAUGGAAAUUGGCUGAGGAAGAAGAUUGGCUUCAUCGUAAACGUGAUUUAGAACGUAUUAAAUAG